AUGUCUCAAGAACAAUCCUUUGAAAUACCGGCAUUAGAUAAAGUGUUCAAUCUAUACGAUUUUGAACUCAUCGCAUCGGAAACUUUGCCAAAGCAAGUUUAUGCGUAUUAUUCAUCUUCCGCAGAUGAUGAAGUAUCUUACAGAGAAAAUCAUAACUCAUUCCAUAACAUUUUUUUCAAACCCAAGAUUUUAGUAGACGUCACGGAUAUUGAUUUGACUACUGAAAUAUUAGGAUCAAAAUUGCAGGUGCCAUUUUAUGUAAGUGCCACUGCAUUAUGUGGUUUGGGCAACCCUAGCGGUGGUGAGUUGGAUAUUGUAAAGGGAUGUGCUGCUGUAAAUGUACCUCAAAUGAUUUCAACAUUUUCCUCCUUUUCUCUCGAUGAGAUUGCGGCAGCUAGAGUAGAUGACAACCAAGUUCAGUGGUUCCAGUUAUAUGUGAAUUCAGAUAGGAAAAUUUCGGAAGAUUUAAUCAAGAAGGCAGAACAAUUAGGUAUCAAGGCUUUAUUUGUCACUGUGGAUGCUCCCCAGGCAGGAAAUAGAGAAAGAGAUGCCAGGUUCAAGUUUUGUGCUAACAAAGAUAAUGGACCACAAAUUAUGGAAAAGACUUCUGUUGAAAAGAAGACUACAAAUGGUACUGCAAGAACAUUAUCUAAACUAAUUGAUACUUCUUUGACAUGGAAGGAUAUUGAAAAUUUUAAAAAAUUUACCACUUUGCCAAUUAUCCUUAAAGGUGUACAAAGAGUGGAUGAUGCAAUCAAAGCUGCCGAGAUCGGGUGUAGAGGUAUUGUUUUAACAAAUCAUGGUGGAAGACAAUUAGAUUUUUCAAGACCACCAAUCGAAGUGCUUGCUGAAACUAUGCCUGAAUUAAGAGCACGUGGAUUGGAUAAGAAUUUUGAUGUCUUAAUUGAUGGUGGGAUUCGUCGUGGUACAGAUAUCUUGAAAGCUCUUUGUUUGGGAGCUAAGGGAUGUGGUAUUGCUUCUCCCUAUUUAUUUGCUAAUUCUUGUUAUGGUAAAGAAGGUGUUGAGAAGGUCACUGAUCUUUUAAUCAAAGAAUUACUACUAUCGAUGAGAUUAUUAGGUGUAACAAAACUUGCUGACUUAAACCCUGAUUUCUUGGACCUUAAUGGUUUAUAUUCGAGAUCUGUAACUGUCCCACGAUUCACAAUUGAUCGUGGCUCCAAUCCUUUCAAGAACUAA